CAUGACUACUAACCAGCUGAUGGCUUUUUGCAAUAGAAUAUCAUGACGAUCGCGACAUCGGUUACAGAUAUGUUAUUCUCCAAGUAAUAACAAUUGUGCAAAAGCUAUUAUUUAAAUAUUAUAGGUAUUUACUUGCUGUCUCGUCAUCUAAUCGCCGUUCAGACGUAAUUGAAAUACAUAAGCACGUUUGCAGCCAAAGAAGGACAAGAUGUCAGGAAAAGAGAGGAUCGAUGUCUUCCCCUCUAGAAUGUAAGUAGCUAGUCUAGGGAGCUUGUUAUUUUAGCUAGCAUAGUUUGACAUUUCUAGCUAGCUAGCUAGUCCGCGCAAUUUAGGUUUGCAAGUAUAUGCUCCCUAAUUAAUAUAAAUGUGCAUGACCUUUUAGUUGUGUUAGGCUGAGCCAAAUUGAAAUGAAGGAAAUGACAGAUCAGUAAGCUUAGCCAGCUGUCAGCUAGUUAGCUAAGCGCAGCCAAUUGUGAGCCCUUUAAAAUAAAUGAUGAAAAAACUAAACCUUUGCAUUUUUGUAACAAUUUGCAAUGGUAUUACUUAUUAUUUCGAGUCAAUCAUUUUAUUUCUUUGCCAUUUCAUGAUGAAUAUCUAAAAGAGGAAAUGGACUGUCACUGUCAUGUGAUGACUGUCCAUAAUUUCCAAACAACCACUGGGAGCUUUUCAUGUGCCCUAACUUUACUCACACAGUCUAUGGCACUACUGCACUUCUUUUUUAUUAUUUUAUUUUAAAGUAAUUUUUCCACAGAUUAUGCCAUCCAUGUUUAACUACUUACAAUGUUAAUUUGUCUUGAACAUCAUAAUGAUGGGUCAAUAACACGCACUUUGAAAUUGUGGUGACCUGCAGAAAACGGCAUAAAAGCACCAAUGUCUUUCAACAUGAUUCAAAUCUGAAUGGCCAUACAUGUUUUAUUAUGGAAGUCCUCUCUGACACCUGAUGGCUUGUCUGUGAAGGGCCCAGACCAUCAUGAAGGCCCGUCUGAAGGGGGCCCAGACUGGUAGAAACCUACUGAAGAAGAAGGCUGAUGCCCUCUCCAUGCGCUUCCGUCAGAUCCUCCGUAAGAUCAUUGAGGUAAUUCAAGGGGGGUUAAAACCAUAGAAACAAGAAUGACUAGAACGGGAAAAGCCCAUCAGACAUUUGACAGUACGCUCAUGGGUAAACUAAAUAUUGCUGCCGGACCAUCGAUUUGAAUGGGAAUAUCUGUUCUAGUAGUUAUGUUUCUAUGAUUAAAACAUUGUCUAAUUCUCUGUUUCUUAUCUGAGUAAUAUAAGUAAGUUUAAUUAUUUUUUUGUAUAACAUCCUAAUGUCAUCGGGGCAUGUUACAUCGACUCCUGUCCUUUUGUUUCCUCUCCUGAUUUAUAGACUAAGACCUUGAUGGGGGAAGUGAUGAGGGAGGCUGCCUUCUCUUUGGCUGAGGCGAAAUUUGCUGCUGGCGACUUCAGGUGAGAGAAUGGGCCUCAUCAUGAGCCAUUUGAGGCCUUUAUUUAGGUGUUUGUCUGAUGUUAAUGUUUUGCUAAUAUUUUGUCAAUGUUCUCUCAUCACAUUAUCAUGUUCCCUCAGCACCACUGUCAUCCAGAAUGUGAACAAGGCCCAGGUGAAGGUUCGGGCUAAGAAGGACAACGUGGCAGGUCAACACCUUUGGACUUCUCUGUAUCUUUUUAGAACAACAGCAUGUCUCUCCUAAAUGUCUCACCUGUGUGAUUCUCCUCUCCCUCACAGGUGUCACUCUACCUGUGUUUGAGCACUACCAAGAAGGAGGGGAUAGUAAGUAGUGCACUUUUCUGGCCAUGCAGGGUUGGGGUCAAUUCCAAUUUAAUUUGAAAUUCCAAUUCAAUUCUUGAAUUCACUCAUGAAGUGGAGAAUUUACAUUUAAUUCAAUUAGAAUUUCAACAAUCUUCAAGUUAUGGAAUUGGAAUUAGGCUGUUUGGACGGUAUGAAUUGGAAUUGUAAAAACAGUUAAUCAUUGGAAUUAAAUAUUUCUACAUAGCCCAGUUAAUGAAAUGACUGCAGGAUUUGUUUGAAAUCAUUAACUUGUAUUUCUAUAUUUCCAGUAUAGCUAGGCUGUCUGAACAGUGACAUGAUCAGCCUAAAAGCCUGAGGAAAUUGGAAUUUGUGGAAUUGUUGGGGAUAAUAUUGAAUUGGGAAUUGAAUUCUUGGAAUUGACCUAACAUUGGAAUUGAGAAGAUUGAAUUCUCUGAAUCAGUGUUGGGGAGUAGUAAACUACAUCUAGUUCAACUAACUAGUAAUUGAACUACAUAUUGCAGUAGCUUGGUGGUAGUAGAACUACAUUCAAAUCUACAGUGCCUUCAGAAAGUAUUCAUUGCCCUUGACAUAUUCCACAUUUUGUUGCAGCCUGAAAUAAAAAUGGAUUCAAUAUUAAUUUUUUCUCACCCAUCUACACAAAAUACCCUAUAAUGACAAAGUGAAAACGUUUUUAGAAAUCUUUGCAAAUGUAUGGAAAUGAAAUACAUAAAUAUUAUUUACAUAAGUAUUCAACCCCUGAAUCAGUACCCUGUCGUGACGUGACUAAUUGAUACUCUUUAAUUAUGUUUAAUGUUACUUUUAAUUAAUCAUGUAACAUCAACAUUGGGAAUUUGGCCACGAGAAUGUUUAAUUAGUUACCAUCCCCGAAUAUCUCUAAAAUAAUCAUGUAACAAUUAAUCAUCCUCAUAUCAGUUAUUCUGACGUUGCAAAUUCUGGAUCCGCAAGAACCAGCUGACUUAUGAUGUCGCACUACAAAUUGUUAUAUUACUAGCUAACUAAUAAUAACCAGAAUACAUACCUUAAACAUGAAAGUCAUAGCGGACUAACACAUCAUCUGGUUAUCAAAAGAGGAGGGUAAGGGCAGGGAGAGGAGAGUCAUUAUGUUGAUACAUUUGGAAAACCCUCAAGUAUCAUCAUACUUUGCUCACAAACUAACGCCCUUUCGGAAGAAGUAUGAGUAUUUACGUGUCUGUCUUUGUACAUCGUCUCUCUGUUGAAACCAAUCACUCCUUCUAUGGGGAAGGGGUCGAUGGGUGUAAGGCUCUGAUUGUCCACCAGAGGUCACAAUGUCCUUCUUAUUAGUUGUCCUGGCUUGGAGUGUAGUGUUCAAAUAGAGCAGAUACUUCAGAUGCACCAAUGAUUGUCUGAGAUGGGAUUUUCUAAUUCCCACCUUGUGUCUUUAGUCAAAGUUCUAGAUCACUUUACACACACAGCUGCAGACUGGCAAUGUUCUGGUCUAGUCUGGUAGUUGAUCUUCUUCACCUCCUGUUGAGGUUCAAUGUUCCAACCAUUUUAAACCGUGUAUGUCUAUCAGUUUUACACAUCUGGAUUUGGGGAUUUUCUCCCUUGCAGAUUUUCUCAAGCUCUGUUAAGUUAGAUGGGAGGGUGGUGAAGAGAAAUCUUCAAGUCUUUCCACAGAUUUUCAAUGGGAUUCAAGUCUGGCCUUUGGACUGGGCCACUAAAGGAUUUUCACCUUCUUGUUCUGAAGCCAUUCCAGCAUUGUCCUGUUGGAACGUAAAUCUUUGCCCCAGUCUAAGGUUGUUUACACUCUGAAGCAGGUUCUCAUCAAGGAUUUGCCUGUAUUUGGCUCCAUUCAUUGUUCCCUCUAUCCUUACCAGUCUCCCAGUCCUUGCUGCUGAAAAACAUCCCCAUAGCAUGAUGCUGCCACCACAAUGCUUCAGGGUAGUGAUGGUGUUAGAUGUGGUGUUAGAAUGGUGAUGAGCUGUGCCUGGUUUUAUCCAGAAAUAGUGCUUUGCAUUCAGGCCAAAGAGUUCAAUUUUUGUCUCAUCUUUCAUGUGCCUUUUUGCAAACUCCAGGCGUGCUGUCAUGUGCCUUUUUCAUAGAAGUGGCUUCCAUCUGGCCUCUCCCAUAAAGCCCAGAUUGGUGAAGUGCUGUAGAGACUGUUGUCCUUCUGGCAGGUUCUCCCAUCUCAGCCAAGGAAUUCUGUAGUUCUGUCAGAGUGGUCAUUGGGCUCUUGGUCACCUCCCUGACCAAGGUCCUUCUUGCCCGGUUGCUCAGUUUGGUUGGAUGGCCAGCUCUAGGCAGAGUCUGGGUAGUUCCAUAUUUGUUCCAUUUCCCAAUGAUGGAGACCACUGUGCUCUUGGAAACUUUCAACACUCUAGAAAUUGUUUAUACACUUCUCCAGAUACUGUAUGUCUCAUCACAAUUAUAUAUUGGAGAUCUACAGACCGUUCCUUGAACUUCAUUGUAUAGUUUCUGCUCUGGCAUGCACUGUCAAUGGUGGGACCUUAUAUAGACAGGUGUGUUUUCUUUCUAAAUCAUGUCCAAACAAUUGAAUUGGCCACAAGUUGUAGUGACAUAUAUCAAGGAUGAUCAAAGGAAAUCGAAUGCAUCUAAACUCAGUUUGGAGCGUCAUAGCAAAGGGGUGUGAAUACUUAGGUAAAUGAGAUAUUUCUGCGUUUCAUUUUCAAUACAUUUGAAAAUAGAUUUUGUUUUUACACAUUUUGUUAACAUAUGACCCCAAAGUGAUCUGUUAUUGCAAUUUGUAGCCUAUGACAUUUCAGAUUUACAUAUGAUCAUUUUUUACUAAGUAGUUUGGAUGUAGUGAACAACUUUUUCAAAGUAACUUUAGUUAAGUAAACAAUAUUUUUCUUUAGGGUAGCUUAACUUCUUCCAGUGUGAAGUAAUUGGUAGCUUGGUAAACUAUAUUUUCAGAGUAGCUUCCCCAACACUGUUCUAAAUUCAAAGACUUAGAAUUUGAAUAGAAUUAAAUGGAAUUUACAGGGAGAGGGAAUCUAAUUGAAUUUGUGGAAUUAACCCCAACCCUGUGGUCCUGUAUGGCUUUGGAUAAAAGUGUCUGCUAAAUGGCUAUUAUUAUUAUUAUUGCAAAUAUUGGUAUGGCUGCAUUUAUGGGCAAAUUCGUUUUUUUUUUUUUACAAGUUAUAGAAAGCUAUGCUCUGCUAUUGAACAUGUAGUGUGUUUCUGUGUCACUGCAGUCUUUGCUUCCCUCCAUCCUCUCCUUGUUAGGUUAUGAGCUGACUGGUCUGGCCAGGGGAGGAGAGCAGCUCUCCAGACUGAAGAGGAACUAUGCUAAAGCAGUGGAGCUGCUAGUGGAGUUGGCCUCCUUACAGGUAGGGGGCGCUCUAUCACCGUGGUGUUAACAUUACAUCUGGGUAGUGUUCAUUAGGCACCAAACAGAAGAAAAUGGAAUGAAACAACAAAGGAUUACCUGGACUUUUCCCAUUGCAAAAUGUUUUAGAAUGUUUUCUGGUGUGUGCCCUAAAGAGCAUGACCCCAGGUGGUAAGUCUUGCAAGACUGUGGUAAACCAUGCAGAGUGUGUUUGACUGAACAACAAAGUCUCAUGGUCUCACCGUUUGAUCUACAGACUUCCUUUGUCACACUGGAUCAGGCCAUCAAGAUCACCAACCGCCGUGUGAAUGCCAUUGAGCAUGGUGAGUCUGCACCACUUUGGCACAAUAACAAAACCUGCACUACAUAUCAAUAAUGGCAGUCAAAAGAGAUAGUUGGAAGACAGCGAGGAGAUGAUAAAAUGUGGUUUGAACUGUCCACAGUGAUCAUCCCCCGCAUUGAGCGUACCCUCAGCUACAUCAUCACUGAGCUGGAUGAGCGGGAACGAGAGGAGUUCUACAGGUAAGUUACAUUAUCCCUCAGACUCCUCAUCUCCAAGUCUAUACCCCCAUCUGACUGGGGGAUCACUGUCUGUCUCUCAGGUAUAUAAAGUGUUCGGAUCACUGUCUGUCUCUCAGGUAUAUAAAGUGUUCUAAUUCCAAUUCUAUGGUGUGUCCCACCUCCUCAGGCUGAAGAAGAUCCAGGAGAAGAAGAAGCAGAUGAGGGAGAGGACGGAGAAGGAGAUCGCCGCCCGUCUGGCCAAGCUGGGCCCCAUCGCCGAGCCAUCCAACAUGCUGACGGAGGAAACUGACGAGGACCUGCUGUUUGAGUGACAUGCCGUCCUUCCGGUCACCCGUGGCUACUCCGUCACCCGGGUUGACAGAGUAAACCGGGUCAACUCCGUCACCCACAUCCUAUUUAUUCUGUGCCUCUCAGGCCACGUUGAGGUCUUAUUUUUGUGCGAAAGAGAAAAAUUGUCUGUUUUUUGUGUACACGUCGGUGAUGUUUUGUUGUCGUUUUCAGUAUUGGAGAUGAGUGUCCAGAUUUAUCACUGUCUAGAACCGUCAGAACUUUGCCGCUAACAGCAAUCACAUCAGUUCACUAGAGUGUCGAACUUGUUGACGAGUUAUCUUUUGAAUACUUAAGGAGCAAAUAAUAUAUGUACAUUGAGUAUGGUUAAAUUACAUGGUUUACAAAUGUGAACUGUAUUAAGCAUUCCAUCUGAUUGGGUGAGGACAUAGAUAGCUAUUUAAUGCUUCCAUCAGAACACUCAGUCAAUGCAUGCCGUCAUGCUGUACAGUUAAAACAGGGUGGCCGUUCUUUUCCCCGUAAGUGUCUGUGUUGUGGAGGCUAAUCCCUUCCAUGGUCGCCCCAUAUCAGUGGGGUUGUAUUGACCAUAAAAUAAUGACAUUCUGUUUCUAUGGAAUUUA